AGACGAUGACAACCGACACGCGAAACGUGAUGGGACGUACAAGAUCUGUGACGAUCAUAACGCGCGAAUGCACGCAACACCGCGAGGCAAGGAGCUGCAUAUGGGCAGCGCAUUGCGCACCAAAACAACAUUCGGUGUGGAAGGAGUCGGCGGAGGAGGAACUGGUUAUUCUCAAUAUCUACCUAGGAAUGACGCCAGACUUUCGCUUUUCCCCAGUAGCCUCCCGAACGCCCCUCUGCCCGCCGCCCAUGCAACCCCCUUAUCAGAGCGCCCUCUCCUAUGCCUCGACUUGCACCCUUCACAAAAGCAUAUAGUAGUCGGUUCCUCCGACCACGCGCUAUAUGUCCUUUCUCUACCCACUCUCAAACUCACGCGUACGCUUUACACCAAACGCAGUGGACACACUGAGUGGGUAACAUGCUGCGUCGCACUUCCGUCUGGCCGCGUUCUUUCGGGCGGAAUGGACUCGAGGCUCCUCCUAUGGGACGCGCACGCGCCAGUGUGCUCCGAGCUGCGAGGGCACGACGGGUCAGUGACGAGUGUCAAAGUAGAUAGAGGAGAGCGUAUUGCUGUGUCCAGUUCAUAUGACGGGACGGUACGUGCAUGGGAUUUGAAUAAAGGCCGGCUAAUGUCAUCUUGGGGUGGCGAUUUUGAGGGCAAUUUGGCAAGCGGUGACUAUAUGGCGGCAACGAGGAAUCCUAUAUUGGAGGUCCUAUGGAGUCCGAGUGAGCAAAGUGCGGGAAACUCUGCGCCAUCUGACCGAUUGGUGGCAUCUACAAGAGAAGGGAGAUUACUGGUUUUUGAUAUGGAUGCAAAAUCUUCUGCGCCUACAGCUGUGAUUCGGGCACAUAAUGGUCCCGUUCGCCAUGUGCUAGUGGGAUCUCAUCCAUCACUUAUCAUAUCUGCGGGAAAUCUGGACGGUGCAAUAAAAACCUUUGAUUUACGCAUCCCGCCAGACCGAGGACGUUGUGUGCGCAAGAUUGAAAAUCUGCAUGCUGGCGGGGUGACCAACCUGGUCGCAUGUGGGGACCAACUUGUUAGCACAGGAGGAGGAGACGGGACGCUAAAGGUCAUGGAUGGAAAAUCGCUGCAAGUAACGAACACCAUUAUGGCGGCUCAUGCACCAACUGGGUCUCCCGGAGCAUCGGCAUAUGCAGUCUGUCCGUAUCAAAACGGCAUCUUGUCGUCCUGGGGGAAUGGUAAAUUGGUGGGCCACAAUCUUGACCACGGAAAAAGGACUGUUGAGUUCGAUGGCACUGCUCAAGGAAUCAAAAAUGCAUUGAGAGCUCUUGUGGUGACAGGUAAUGGAGAGGUCGGAGCUGUGAUAGGAGCAGGCGAUGACGGGGUCGCUGUAGGGUGGACGGCUACUCGUCAAGCAAUCCCUGGCUGAAUCAUCAGGGCACGAAUAAACACAUGUCGUACAAUGCACACAGGAUUUAAUUUCUGCACGAAUGCAACGAGGGAAUAUAGUAACAGAUGAAGCAACCCGAAUGGCAACUACCACACACCAUCAUUUGCGUCCUAGGAAGCUACCCAACAAUAUGCCAACUAUUCACUAUCUGACAGAAGCAAGUCACCAGCGU